UAAUUAUUAUUACUUUAUAAACUGCGGCGAUGUGACGUGUAGCGAAGAGAUCGGAAAGAUAUUAGGUGGCGGUCACAAGUGAAAGUAUUGCUCUAGUCAGUUUAGCCAUGAAACACCGACUAUUGCCUGGAAUCCUGGAAACUGGAAUCUACAAAUCAGGAAUUGACAGGAUUUACAGGACUCUGUCUCUGUGGUCAUAAACGACCUUCUUCCGCGUUUGUGGUUUUUGCCGUCGCGUUCAAAAUACUCCAUAUGUCAGUUGGUCGCGCUAGGUACCAACUACUGAUAACAAAAUUUCCAUGUGAUUAAUCCACCAAAACUGCGGCGACAAUAAAAUGACAGUUCCCAAUUUGUCAAGAAAAAUUUAUAAAUUCUCAUGUGACUAAAGUAGAAUGUAGUAAUCAAGUUUUGAAGAAACUAUUAUGAGCAGUGAUAAAUCUCGGAUAGAAAAAAUUAUAGAUCAAAUUAACGCUUCUAAUGCCAAGAAAAUUGCACUCUUGUUAGUGAUAGGAUUUGCGUGUUAUCAUGGAAUUCUUCAUGUUAGAUACGGAACGAAUUCUUGCAAAUGGUUAUUGUCUGAUGGUCGAUAUAAAGGUGACCAAGAAUGGCAACCCUAUGGAUGUAUGCUGCAUAGGUAUACGAAAAUUGAUACCAGAAAAUGUUUACGUUACAUAGCAUUUUAUGGUACCAACACCCACUUUGUGUUUAUGGGCGAUAAAAGAGUUCAAGAUUUGUACGUGACAUUUAUUAAUCACCUCCUAGAAGAAGAUGCAGAGGUUUUGCGCUCACCACAAGAACUUGCAAAAAAUUUAACCCACAUAGAUAACAAGUUAAAAUUAAAAGUUGAAUUUUUUGGAAUGCCCUUUAUUUCUAAACAAAUGAUUGAUAAAUUCAGACAGUGGCAAGUAUCUAAAGAAUCUCCAUCUAUUAUAAUUGCUGGGUGUGCACUAGAAUCCAUUAAAUUAUCAAAUGCUUCCCUUGCAACUGUUGAAGAAUAUAAAAUUAAUUUAACACGACUUGUUCUGCCUAUCAACCAUCUACACAAGAAAAAAACAAAAGUUCUGUGGGCACUGCAAGAACCAAUUAAUCCAGAAAAACUUUUACCAGAGCUGCAUAUGAUCAGUAACAAUGUGAUUAAUUUAUACAACAAGGCUGUUAUUGAGAUUUUGCAUUUUUCUGAAGCAGAAUUAUGGCGAAGUAUUAAACUGGUUGGAGAAGGUAUGAUGUCAGAAAGUCCGAAUGGUAUAUAUUUAACAGCAAGGCCUUUACAAUAUGACAUUCAAAUUCUUAUUAAUAUGUAUUGUAAUGAUUACAUGAAUUUUAAUGAUGGUACAUGCUGCAGUUCCACUGAAUCUUACACAACGUUACAAAUUGUCACAUUUGUGAUACUUUGCAUGUGUGUAACUGUUGCUGUGAUAAUGAUAUUCUACCGAUUAAUCAUGAAAUGGAGAGGUCGGCCUAUCCAUGAAUACAGUGCGUUACCUGAAAAUGAACUCCAGAAUCAAUCACCCGCUCCCGGCAGCUACUAUAAUCUCUUCAUUUCACUGGCGAAAAUGGCUCUAAUAAUGACAUAUUUUUUUGUGUGUGACCGCACCAAUUUCUUUAUGAAAGAGAAUAAAUACUACUCUGAAUUUAGUUUCUGGCUUCCAAUAGGCUACAUCACUGUUUUAGGUUUAUUUUUUACAGAAGAUAGUAAAUAUACCAAAGUAUUGCAUCGUGAUCAGUUGAAUGAAUGGAAAGGCUGGAUGCAAGUUGUCAUUUUAGUGUAUCACAUUACGGGAGCUAGUCGCAUCUUGCCUAUAAACAUGCAUAUUAAAGUGUUAAUAUCUUCGUAUUUAUUUUUAUUAGGUUAUGAACAGUUUUGUUGUGUUUGGCGUCGUGGCGAUAUCGGUAUAGUAAGUUUUUUUCGAGUUCUAUUCCAGUUGAAUUUUAUGACUGUAACACUGUGUUUAUGUAUGAAUCGGCCGUAUCAGUUUUAUUACUUUGUACCGUUGCUUUCAUUCUGGUAUUUAAUGACAUACUGCUUCCUCGCUUUUCCACCUCAUAUAACAGCCCAAAGUUCAGAAAACAAUGUAAUGCAAUACUUUUAUUUACUUAUUAAAUUUAUUGUAUUAUUUACCGUUAUUACCAUAUUGUUUAUGUCGGAAGUAUUCUUUGAAAAAGUAUUUGUUACUAGACCGUGGAAAGCAUUAUUUGUUACGACAGACGACGACAUUAGAGAAUGGUGGUUUAGAUGGAAACUAGAUAGGUACUCUAUAAUGUAUGGAAUGAGUUUCGCUCUCAUUUUACUGUUGGCACAAAGGUAUAACAUUUACGAUGACAACAAUCACAGUAAUUUAUUUUCAAGAGGUUUAGCUUUAACUGGUACUUUAGCAGCAAUAAUUGGUAUAGGCUGUUACAUCUUCAUCACGUUUUUAUGUUCUACUGAAUUAGAAUGUAGCGAAAUUCAUUCUUAUAUUACUUUUAUACCUAUUGUAGGGUAUAUUGUUCUGCGAAAUAUUUCUGGUGUGUUAAGGACAAGAUAUUCAAGUUUAUUUGCUUGGUUUGGCGAAAUUUCGUUGGAACUGUUCAUUAGUCAAUACCACAUUUGGCUAGCGGCCGAUACUCAUGGUGUAUUGGUACUUAUUCCGGGUUAUCCCGUUUUAAAUGUCAUGAUUACAUCUUUUAUAUUUGUAUGUGCUUCUCAUGAAGUUCAUCGUUUAACCAAAGUAUUGUUGCCAUAUGCUGUACCAUCUGACUGGAAAUGUGUGUUGCGAAACUUUAUAUUAUUUUUGGCAGUUUUAGUACCUAUUGGAAUAAAUGACGGUAUGUUUUAAGUAAUAUUAAAGUAUAUUUUGUAUUUUUAAUAACGCACUUAUUUGCGUACUGUACAUAUGUUUUUACAUUUAUAAUGUUCCAUGUAGAAGUUAACGAAUAAAAACGUUUUUGUAAACUAAA